AUGGCUACCCGCUCCCAGACGGCCUCUCAAGCUCAAUCCCCGUUCAAUCAGGGAUACAUGGAACCCGCACUUCCGCCAACCACCUCUGUCAAAUAUGGCAAGGUAUCCCUUGAACAAGUCACACAACUCCUCCUCAGCCUCCUUGGCCAAGUCAAACGCCUUGAGCAAGAAAUUGCCAAGAUCAAGGAAGCAGGAGUCAAAACACGGACAAACGUCAAAAACAUCUCCCAAACCGUUGAUGUUGUCAAGGAUGGGCUUAAGUCCCUUCAGUUCCAUGGUCCCUGCACACCCAAAGGACCCCAAACCAAGGCUGUGGAAGAAACGCCACGCCCCCUACCAAAAGCCAAGCCUAUUGGAUUGACUAGUGGGGCCCCCUUCUGGACAGAACCAUCCAGGGCCCCACCCGGCCUGGCCCAGCCAACCCCAAGAAGAGCCGCUCCCCCGCAAGCACCAUCUCCCCCUUCAUCUCCGCGUCUCCGAUCCCCGAUUGGAGCACCUGCCCCUCUCCCUCCGGCUCCAGCAGCCCACUACCCUGCUCCGGUCAAGGUUGACCACCCCAAUGCCUACACAGGCAAAAUAGGGAGCAAGGCAAAGCAGUGGCUGACCAGGAUGCUGGCCAGGACCCGCCUUAACUUGCGGAUGUUUCCAACCAAUCAGGAGGUUCUAUCCUUCCUCCUGAUGAACAUGAAGGAUUCCGCUGGGGCCUGGGCCCAUCCCCACCUUGACCAGCUUGGAUCACACCGGGCCAUCAUUCAAACGGUCAAAGGGUUCAAGUUGGAGUUUUUGGCAGCGUUUGGCGACCCUGAUGCCACAAGGGCCGCUGAGCGGAAGAUUACCACACUCACACAGUCCGGCACAUGUGCGGACUAUAUUACAAAGUUCAGAACCUUAGCCAUGGAACUGGACUGGAAUGACGCGGCCCUUAGAGGCCAGUUUGCCCGUGGCCUCCACUGGGAGGUCAGCCGCCAGAUUGCAACCUGCAAACACCGUCCCCGUACCCUCCUAGAGCUGCAAAACGCAGCACUUGUCAUCAAUAACGCCCUCCAAGAGGAGCGUGCUAGCCAUCCGCCAAAGGAUAGUAAGUCUAGCAGACCACCCAACCCCGCAAGGGGGACGAGUACUGGCCAGUCAACCACCGGUUCAAAGAAACUCUCCGACGAUCCUAACUUUGUGUCGGAGGAAGAACAAAAUUGCCGCCGCGCCGCAGGCGCCUGCAUCAAAUGCGGCAAAAUGGGCCACAAGUUUGCGGAAUGCCGCACGGGCUGGAAAGCCACCCCUAUUGAGGACAAGGGGAAGGAUAAGGAAACUGCCAAAAUUGGCAAAGACUCCAAGUACCAAUUGGGAAAAGAGUAA